CAUCCACAGUCACUUCAGGACUUCUUUUGUUGACUUGGAAUUUCAUUUUUGUGCAACUAGGCUGAGCAACAAAUUAAGAUGUACAGCAAGCAAGGGUUUUCUAGUCUCCCUAUCUGCAUGGCCAAAACUCAGUAUUCAUUUUCGCACAAUGCUUCUGAGAAGGGAGCCCCAAGUGGAUUUGUCUUACCAAUACGGGAUGUAAGAGCUAGCAUUGGGGCUGGGUUCAUUUAUCCUCUAGUCGGGACAAUGAGUACAACACCAGGUCUCCCCAUAAGGCCAUGCUUUUAUGAUAUUGAUAUUGACACUACAACUGGAAAGGUUGUUGGUCUCUCUUAAGGGUGCGUGAAAAUUUCCCAGAUUUUACUUUCCUCAAAAAUGUUCAUAA